AUGCGUUCGCUUCGUCCAGGCGUGGCUACGAUUCAGCGGUGGUGCAGCACUACUACGUACGGAGAAGGUGUUGUUCCCCGGUCCCUGGGACGCGUGCUCCCAACUGUUCGGAAGACGCAUGCUGCGAUGUAUGCGAUGCGCGUUGUGCAGAUAGUCG